AUGCACGCCAAGUAUCUUCUUGCUCUUGCCGCCGUCGUCGUUGCGUCGCCAACAGGAUGGACUGACUCGAGCUCGGGCGGCGGCGGUGGUGGUCCACCUUCAGUUGGAGGUGGCUAUGGUGGUGGCCCGAAGGGCAAUGGCGGCGGUCACGGUGGCGCCGGCGGUCCCCCAGGUGGCGGCUCAGGAGGUCCUAAGGGACCAUGGGGCGGCAAAGACCAGACUCCUGGCGGAGGUCAAGGUGGUGGUAGUGGCUGGGGCGACCAUAGUGGCCCAUCGUCGCCUCCUGGAGGUGGCCAGGGCCCUCCUUCUGGACCCAAGCCUCCCACUGGCGGCGAGCAACCUCCUUCUCCAUCUUCACCACCCGUUGGCGGUGGUUCAGGAUGGGGCGAUGCAUCGCCACCCUCGACACCCUCUUCGCCUCCUUCUCCACCAUCUCCUCCCUCUCCUCCAGUUGGUGGCGAAACUCCACCGGCUCCGCCAUCCCCACCAAAGCCACCCGUUGGCGGAGGUCAAGGCUGGGGCGACCAGAGCUCCAUCUCGAUCUCGACUACCUGCACUGAGACCACACCAACGCCUGCACCCGCGACAGAGACCAAGUGGGGCGACGUUCCCAGCGUUCCCGUUGCGCCUCCUGCACCGUCAACACCAGUCACCGGCGGAUGGCAAGACGUUACGCCUCCACCACCGCCGCCUCCAGCAGUGACACCUCCUCCUGCGCCUCCUGCGCCUCCUGCAACAACACCGCCGCCGGCGCCGCCUGCCCAGACGACGCCUCCUGCGCCUUCUGUGGCGAAGCCAUCUACGCCUGUGCCGGUCGUCUCAACGUUCACCGGCGGCGCAGCCAUGCCUACUGCCGCCGCGCAGAAUGUGCUCGGUGCCGGACUGGCUCUUGUGGCUGUUGCCCUCUUCUAG